GCGCUCUCGGGGCACUCGAAGCCGCUCCACAGACUUCGCCGCCCUGGAAGGUGUCCGUCUGUCCCCAUCCCGCUGCCGGGCACUAUCUUGCCGGCGGCCCCGGGAGGCAGCGGUGCGCGUUCAUUGGCUGAUGCGCCCGUCCCCUCGGCGCUGACUGGCGCGGCGUUUCGUCAGUCCGACGCUCGGCCAGUGCAGCGCUGAAGGCGCGGGCGGGGGAGGCCGGUGAGAGUGCGUGGAGGGGUGGUGUUUUCGGGCACUGAGGGCUGCUCGCCAUGGCUGGCGUGGAUUUGUUUUCGCAUCCCGCGCUGUACACGCGCUACCGGGCUGGGCUCUGCUCCGCCGCUGCACUGGCGCUGUUGCUCAUCACGACGCUCACCUACGUGCCGCCGCUGCUGGUGGCCUACCGGAGCCACGGUUUCUGGCUGAAGCAAAGCGCGUACCAGGAGCAGCCCACUGUUCGUUUCCGGUACGAGGUUCUCUUCGUCGCCACCAUGGGGUCCGGCCCAGGCAGCUUCUUGGCGUGGAGCACAUUCCCAGCGUUCAACAGGCUCCAGGAGGACCGGCUCCGAGUCCCGCUCCUGUCGGUAGGCCUGCCCGGCAACAGUGACGAGACGCGAGGCUGCAGAGUUGGGGCCAGCGGACCGGCAGCCGGCUGCAGGGCACGGGCGCUCAUGGCGCUUUUGAGCGGGUGGCCCGUCAGGUACUGCUGCCUUCAGACUAGAGAAGAAGACAAAAAUCAAGAUGGCAAAAUGGAUCAGUUGCAUUUUAAAUUGGAACUUCCACUACAACCAGCAGAGCAUGUAGUUGGCGUUCAGUUGAUUCUCCUCUUUUCCUACCACCUUUAUAGAAUGUCAACAUUUGUGAUGCAGAGCAUGGCUUUUCUUCAGUUUUUUUCUCCUGUGCCAGGCUCUCAGCUCUAUGUGAAUGGAGAUUUGAAAUUAAACCAGAGGCAAUUACUUAACCAUUGUGGACUGGAUACCAGAUACAAUGUGUCUGUGGUCAAUGGCACAAGUCCUUUUGCAAGUGACUAUGAUCUAACAAACAUCAUUGCAGCAUAUUGGGAUAGAAAUGUGACAACAGUGUUUUCAGAUCCCAGCCCUGUUUGGAUGACUGGAAGAGCGAUGGAUACGCCAUUUAUCAUUAAUGCCACCAUUCACUACCCAGUAGAAGUUAUCUUAUAUCAGCCAGGAUUUUGGGAAAUUAUUAAAUUUGCCUGGAUCCAGUAUGUCAGCAUCCUCCUUAUCUUUCUUUGGGUGUUCGGUAGGAUUAAGAUGUUUUUGUUCCAGAAUCAGGUGUUGACUACAAUUCCAGUAUCGCCACUUCUGCCUGUAUCUCCAGUACUGUCCUACAAACAGCACCAGUCCUGAAGAGAUGCCUGAGAACACUUUAUAGAAAUGCCAAAAAUAGUAACCCAAUUUUAUUCUCGAUAUACUUCUUUCUUCAGAAGAUCAGAAUUUUGUAUGUUCCAAGUAUGCUCUGUUCAUGCUUCCUUUUGAAAAUACAUGUUCAUUCAUCUGAUUUCUUUAGGAACACUGCUUUGGAACUGAAAAAUUUUAUAUUUUUGACAGUUAAAGAAGAGACUAGUUAUUUUUUUUGCAACUGGAAUGCACAUCAAAACCCAUCUUGAAAACUGAAAAUAAUAUGCUAAAAUCAACAACAUUACAACAUUAACUGUUUCUACUUCUUGUAAAUCAAUUCACUGUAGUCUUAGAGUUGUGAAGAGUUAUUUGUACAUGCAUUUAUGUGCACUGUGAAAUGAAAAAAUGCAUGGAUGAGUUAAGGUCAGAGUGCUUCUGUAGCUGUGGCUAUACAUACUCAACAAUUUAAUUAUUAAAUUGUAUGAUGAAUAAAUUCAAGGUUGAUGUGAGAAA